AUGACACAGAAAUUUACUGCAUCGCUUAAGGGCGUGUUCUUCCCUGCGGUGAUGACACUAUGGUCAAAUUGGGCGCCACCAAUGGAACGCAGCAAGCUGCUCAGCAUCUCGUUUGCAGGAAAUCAAGCCGGAAACAUCAUCUGCCUCGCAGCCGCUGGCUUCCUGUGCGAACACGGAUUUGCCGGAGGCUGGCCAUCUAUUUUUUAUGCUACAGGUUUGGCAAAAACACGUUAA